AUGUGCGGAAGGUUCACCCUCGGAACAUCUGCAUCGGCUCUAGAUAUGCUAAAUACGCCACAAGGUCUAGCUUUGGAUCGUUACAAUAAUUUAUACAUAGCAGACUUUGGUAAUCGUUGUGUUAUGAACUCAGACAACUUAGCUGUACUGAUCGAUAUGGGGUUUUCUCUAGCUCAUGCGAAAGAGGCCCUUCAUCAUGUUGAUAAUUUAGAGGAUGCCAUUGCAUUUCUAUUAAAUGACACACAACACCCAUCUCCACCAUCGUCUCCGGGAGUAUCACAAGCUGAUUCCAGUGAAGAUGAAACAUCCUAUUCUCUUGAUCCUCGUCGCAUGCUGUUUAUUUUAAAUAUUGAACAUACUCAUUUAACAUUCGAUAAUAUUUUACUGAAUAUCGCUCAGUCAUCAUUCGAUUUAUACGAACAAUUAUCGACAAAUCGUCAACAUGUACUCGGUUUUAAAUCUUGGCAUAAACAUGGCCAAUACAAACAAGUAUACACAUGUCAAACUAGUCAGUUGUUAGAAGAAAUUUAUUUUCAUAUUGAACAUGGUUCACAUGAAUUAAAUAAUCAAAUAUGUACAUCUGGACUCAUCUACGAUAACCAAAAUAAACAACAACCAUUAUGUCUGGAUUCGAGAUCAAUAUCAAAAAUUACCCAUAAUCAAAGUGAAAUUAUGUUUGGUUUUGGAGGAUCAAAUACACCGACCACAACCGCCCAAACUCAACCACAAGCAUCAUCCCUUUUUCAAGAACAAUUACUCCCAUUGCGUGAAUAUUGUCGUGAAUAUAACCGAAUAUCGGAACAGUGUUUUAAUGAUUGUAUUAAUGAUUUCACUGGAAGAGCUGUAUCAGCUGGAGAGGAGUCAUGCAUUCGUACUUGUUUAGACAAAUUUAUUAAGGUUAAUCAACGUAUAGCUCAACGUUUUCAAGAACAGCAAAUAUUAAUGAAUGAAAAUCAGUCAACUGUCGGAAAGAAAACAGGACUAUUCAAAUAA